UAAGAAGAUAAAAAACGAAGCUUGUUCUAGUUCCUAUGACAGAAGCACUAUCUUCUAUGGCAUCGGUGUCAUGUUCCAUUUCCUCUCCAUUUAUCUCUAAAUUUUUUUGUACCAACAAAUUCCAACCACCACACCAUCCGCUCCGCAACCUCAGGAACAAUCUGGUAGUUAAACGCUUAAAAAUUGAAGCCACAACAUCAUGUAAAGCUACCAGAACUUCUGAACAAGAAUUGGACAUAGCUGAUGAGGACUCUAUUGGCGUCGACAAUCUCCGUUGCUUUGUUGAACUUAAUCUUGGUACUUGGACUGGUUCUUUUCAUCAAUUUGAUGCUGACGGUAAUCUUCUACAUAAAGUGACCACUAAGCUUUCUGCAAGUUCUUAUGGUGAAGAUGAUCUUAUUAGCCUCAUCCAGACGUUGUACAUUAAACAACCUCCUUCAGGCACAUCCAUAUCUGGUUAUGAGGAGGAGCCAGAGUGGGCAGAGUACAAAAUUAAAGAAUCCAACAUAUUUACCGUGGACAAGUAUCAACAGAUUGGCUUCUUCCCUAAUGAAAGGGCAUUUGCCUUGAGAUACCAGACUGCUGGUAUGUUGGAGACUGUAUUACGACAGGGAGUUCUAGGAGAAGAUGACAUCGGUGAAAAAAAUCCUAGAAAUUUGAAGCUUCCCUCUUCGUGUCCGUCCAUCGUCUGUGAGAAUUGCAUUUAUUCAAUGAACCAUGAUAUGCGAGCUAGAGCAUUCCAUAUCAUGGACCCCAAAGGAAUUCUGGAGAUGCUUCUUGUAUUUCUUGAACAGAGAGGAGGUGUGGUUGAAGCAGCCCCCAGCUUAACAAACUUAGAGGAUGACAAGAACCGACUUCUACCUUUUCUUGGUCGGUGGAAGGGCUGUUCAGUCACUAAACGCAGUGGUGUGUAUGGUGCAACUAUGUCAGAACACAAUACUGUAGCUUCACUAGAAAUUGAUGAAAAUGGUCAAUUGAUCCAGGAGAUGACUUCAACUGCAAAAGAAACCAAUGUGACGACUAACGUACAAUGGACAGGUACAAUACAUGAUAAUUUGAUAAAAUUUGAUAAAGGUUUUCAGAUAACUUUGUUGCCUGGAGGUAUGUAUAUGGGAUGCCCGACUAAUAUUGCUAAAAGCCUCGGAGAAUCUACAUCUUUUCACAUUGAGUUUUGUUGGCUCGAGUCACCUGAUAAAAGGCAGAGAUUGGUUCGCACUUACGAUGUCGAAGGUUUGGCUGUCUCCUCAACCUACUUUUUGGAGACUAAGGUGUAAAAUGUAUUGUGUAUUAUAUUUUGUUGUAUUCAUUCGUUCAUCUUAUUUCAAAUUUAUAGAACUAGAACUAGAGAUGUCGUCUCUGGUUAAAGUUCGAUGAUGUGCCUGUGCGGAUGUUUGGUCGCCUCAUGUUGCCAUAAUUUUAAACCACUUCUCCUUGGUACUCAUUGCCAUAAUUCUAAACAACUUUUCCCCUACAAAGUACUACCUCCGUAUCUUAAACCCUUGUACCACUUGUUCUCUUAUGCUUUUUGACAAAUAGUAGUGCAAGUAGCAAGGCAUGGAGCCGAAGAAUUAUAAACCUUUCCUUCUUUGUUCACACCACACUACUAUCAUUGCCUUCGGUGUAAAGCACAUCGAAAUCCGUAAUGUUGAAGAUACUUUCAGCAACAACCCUAGGAUUUUAUUUUAUCUUUGACUGGCUUAUAGUUCGCGUUUCUGCAACACCUCCACUUGGAGGAGAAAGGUCAUAUUUGGUGCUUUCAUUUAUCCUCCGUUCCUCUAAGUUUGCCACAAUCCUGUAAUUUUUAUUUUUGUCUAUCUCACUUAAUUUCCUGCAUUUUCUUUUAUGGAAAUGUUUUUCGUCAUUUAAUCUAUUCAUGUCCAUGUAUCUAUUGCUUUUAAUAUGAUCUGCACAAUUUAAAUGUGUUAUGCUAUUCCUUUUACAACU